AUGUCCGCCAGGUUGCUCCGGCGAGUCCUCCAGGAGCGUGAGGCCGCCCCGCAGGACACUGACGUCGCCGACGACGACCAGCCGGCGGAGGAGGAGGCCUCUCCUCCACGCUCCUCCGCGCGGAACCUCUUCGAUCUCCUCGACGACGGCAACGGCGACGGCGAAGGCGACGGCGACGAAGAAGAUAAAGAGGAAGAUGAAACAGAAAUAAUUCAAGCUUUGAGCUAUACAGAACAGAAACAUUCUGAGCAAAAGAAGGCGAAUGUUGUUCCCGAAACAAACAAAAAAUCAAAGAAAAAGAAAAAAAAGAGCAAGGCAGAGCCAUCAUCAACAAAGUCAAAGGAUGCACAGUCGUUGGAUUCAAUUCUGGAAGCUAUUGAAAAGAAUACAAUACAACAAAGAUCUCAUCAGAGUGACAGGGCAGCUGGAAAGGAAUUUGAGACAAAUGAAGCUACUCAUGGGGCAUCCUCUGUUCUUGCAAUAGACCCCAAACAUCUAAAGGGUGAAAAUGAGAUGAGACGCAUUUUUGGAUCAAAGGUAGUGGAUUCAUUUGAAAAUCAACGGAAUAUGCCAAGCAGUUCAAGGCAAGUACGUGGUGCUAGGCGUGUUGCCCAUAAUCCAAGAAAAACUCUUCUUGUGUCUCCACCUAGCUACUGGCCACCAUGGGAUAAGUCGAUAUCAAUGGAUCUUCUUGAGAUGAAGAAUGGUUUGAAUUACUUCAGGUACACAUAUGAUCCUUCAGUCAGCCAUGUGCAGGAAUUAUUUGAAGCUGACAAAGCAGCAAAUGAUCUCAAUGCUAUUGCAGCUAUAUUAGGGAAAUAUCCAUACCAUCCAGAAUCAUUGUUGACAUUUGCUGAACUUUUCAAAUAUUCUGGAGAGCAUCAAUCAUCAGCAGAUGCAGUGGAGAAAUGUCUAUUUGCAUUGGAGUGUGCUUGGCAUCCUUUAUUUAGCCCACUUCAGGGCAACUACCAGUUGAAAUUCAGCCAUGACAUAAAUAAACCACUGUUUACAGCACUCUUUAGUCACAUGAAAAAUCUGGAUAGGCGUGGCUGCCACCGGUCUGCUUUGGAGGUCUGCAAGUUUCUAUUGUCACUGGACUCUGAUGAUCCAAAGGGUGCUCUAUUUUGCAUUGAUUACUUUGCUCUAAGAUCACAACAGUACAAAUGGCUGGAGCAAUUUGCAGAAGAGUACCAGUGUGAUAACUCCUUGUGGUUAUUUCCAAAUUUCUCAUUUUCUCUUGCUAUUGCACGGUUUUACCUUGAGCGUGAUGCAGCAUCAGAGGGUUCUGAUGAUGCUGACAAGUCAACAUCUCUUGAUCUCAUGAAGCAAGCUCUGAUGCUUCAUCCUAUGGUGCUUCGCAAGAUAGUUGACAAGGCUCCUCUGAAAGACUCAUCAUGGACCCAAAUACUCAGAAAUGUGUUCUUUGGAUCAGCAAAACCGGGAAGCCCUUCACUUGAGCAUAUGAUCAAUAUAUAUGUGGAACGUCAUUAUAUCAUGUGGAGAUUCCCAGAACUGCAGAACUUACUGAAAGAGGCUGCUCUUUUGGUGAUUGAAUCACUAAAGCAAGAUAACAGGGAAGCCCAGGACUGGGCAUGUGUUAGAAAGGAGGCAUUCUUGUCAGAGAAGAAUGAGUACUCUCAUCUGCUUGUUUCAGACUUCUCUGACACAACGCCGUCACUCCCACCAGAAGAACUACGGCCAUUCAUGGUCGGUCCAGGAAUGGUGCAUGAGAUGCCACCUGUUGAACAAGAAGCUGGACCCGAGAGACUCCGUGCUCCUCGUGAAGUCGCUGGGCGUAAUCCUGCGGUAGUCUUCCUUGAAUCACUGCUCCCAUGGGUUGACUAUGGUGACAAUCAUCACGAUGCAAACGACGACAACGACGAUGAUUGA